GGAAGAUGGCGGGAGGGCGACUCUGAGGAGACCUCGGCGGCGGCGGAGGAGGAGAGAAGCGCAGCGCCGCGCCGCGCCGGGGCCCAUGUGGGGAGGAGUCGGAGUCGCUGUUGCCGCCGCCGCCGCCUGUAGCUGCUGGACUCGGGUGGGAGUGAGGGGGACCCGGCAGGAUGAAGUUCGCCGAGCACCUCUCCGCGCACAUCACUCCCGAGUGGAGGAAGCAAUACAUCCAGUAUGAGGCUUUCAAGGAUAUGCUGUAUUCAGCUCAAGACCAGGCACCUUCUGUGGAAGUUACAGAUGAAGACACAGUAAAGAGGUAUUUUGCCAAGUUUGAAGAAAAAUUUUUCCAAACCUGUGAAAAGGAACUUGCCAAAAUCAACACAUUUUAUUCAGAAAAACUUGCAGAGGCUCAACGCAGGUUUGCUACACUUCAGAAUGAGCUUCAGUCAUCACUGGAUGCACAGAAAGAAACCACUGGUGUUACUACAUUGCGACAACGCAGAAAGCCGGUCUUCCACCUGUCACAUGAGGAACGUGUCCAACAUAGGAAUAUUAAAGACCUUAAACUGGCAUUCAGUGAGUUCUACCUCAGUCUUAUCCUGCUGCAGAACUAUCAGAAUCUGAAUUUUACAGGGUUUCGAAAAAUCCUUAAAAAGCAUGACAAGAUUCUGGAAACAUCUCGUGGAGCAGAUUGGAGAGUGGCUCAUGUAGAAGUGGCCCCAUUCUAUACGUGCAAGAAAAUCAAUCAGCUCAUCUCUGAAACUGAGGCUGUAGUGACCAAUGAACUUGAAGAUGGUGACAGACAAAAGGCUAUGAAACGGUUGCGUGUGCCCCCUCUGGGAGCUGCUCAGCCUGCACCAGCAUGGACUACUUUUAGGGUUGGCCUAUUUUGUGGAAUAUUCAUUGUACUAAAUAUUACCCUUGUGCUUGCAGCUGUGUUUAAACUUGAAACAGAUACAGGUAUAUGGCCCUUGAUAAGAAUCUAUCGUGGUGGCUUUCUUCUGAUUGAAUUCCUUUUUCUACUGGGCAUCAACACAUAUGGUUGGAGACAGGCUGGAGUAAAUCAUGUGCUCAUCUUUGAACUUAAUCCAAGAAGCAAUUUGUCUCAUCAACAUCUUUUUGAGAUUGCUGGAUUCCUGGGGAUACUGUGGUGCCUGAGCCUUUUGGCAUGCUUCUUUGCUCCAAUUAGUGUCAUCCCCACAUAUGUCUAUCCACUUGCCCUUUAUGGAUUUAUGAUCUUCUUUCUUAUCAACCCCACCAAAACUUUUUAUUAUAAGUCUCGGUUUUGGCUCCUUAAGCUGCUGUUUCGAGUAUUUACAGCCCCUUUCCAUAAAGUAGGCUUUGCUGAUUUCUGGCUAGCUGAUCAGCUGAACAGCCUGUCAGUGAUACUAAUGGACCUGGAAUAUAUGAUCUGCUUCUACAGUUUUGAGCUCAAAUGGGAUGAAAAUACUGGCCUGUUGCCAAAUGCAGAAACAAAAAUUUGCAACAAAUACACGUAUGGUGUGCGAGCCAUCGUUCAGUGCAUUCCUGCUUGGCUUCGGUUCAUCCAGUGCCUGCGCCGAUACCGUGACACAAAAAGGGCCUUUCCUCAUUUAGUUAAUGCUGGCAAAUACUCCACAACUUUCUUCAUGGUGACGUUUGCAGCUCUUUACAGCACUCACAAAGAACAAAGACACUCUGACACUAAUGUGUUCUUUUACUUGUGGAUCGUCUUUUGUAUCAUCAGUUCCUGCUACACCCUCAUCUGGGAUCUAAAGAUGGAUUGGGGUCUAUUUGAUAAGAAUGCUGGAGAAAACACUUUCCUCCGGGAAGAGAUUGUAUAUCCUCAAAAAGCUUACUACUAUUGUGCCAUCAUAGAGGAUGUCAUACUGCGCUUUGCUUGGACUAUCCAAAUCUCAAUUACCUCUACAACUAAGUUGUCUAAUGUUGGGGACAUCAUUGCAACUGUCUUUGCCCCCCUUGAAGUUUUCCGGCGUUUUGUGUGGAACUUCUUCCGUCUGGAGAAUGAACAUCUAAAUAACUGUGGUGAAUUCCGUGCUGUGCGAGACAUCUCCGUGGCUCCACUGAAUGCAGAUGAUCAGACACUUCUUGAGCAGAUGAUGGACCAGGAAGACGGGGUUCGAAACCGCCAAAAGAAUCGGUCAUGGAAGUAUAACCAGAGCAUAUCCCUGCGCCGGCCUCGCCUUGCUUCUCAAUCCAAGACUCGUGACACUAAAGUAUUGAUAGAAGACACGGAUGAUGAAGCUAACACUUGAAUUCUCUGAAGUCUAGAUUAACAUCCUGGUUUUCCUACUCUACAAUUCUUUCCUCGACCAACGCAACCUCUAGUACCUUUUUUCCAGCUGAAAACAGGAGAAAAAAACAUAACACAUUUUCCGAGCUCUUCCAGAUCGGAUCCUAUGGACUCCAAACAAGCUCACUGUGUUUCUUUUCUUUUCUUCUGGUUUAAUCUUAAUUUUCUAUUUUUAAAACAAAUACUUCAUUUUGCCAAUUAGAGGAUGUUUUAAGAAACAAAAACAUAGUAUCUUAUGGAUUGUUUACAAUCACAAGGACACAGAUAUCUAUCAAGAUGAAGAACAGAACAGGCAUUGAAAGGACCCUCUGAUGGGAUAGUAUGGAGAUGUCUCUCAGCUUCUGCUUUGCCGGUUUUGACUGGUUGAAACCGGACAUUGGUUUUUAAAUUUUUGUCAGUUUAUGUGGAGAAUUUUUUCCUUUCCUUUCCUUCAUACCCAGCACAAAGGCACUGGCUGCACUUGCAGGAAAAGUGCAACUUAGAGCAGUACCUUCAUUCAUGAAGCUACUUUUUAAUUUGAUUUAACUUUUCUUAUUUGGGGGAGGGUUGUUGGGGGGGUGGGCAAUAUGAUGUAUUUGUUACAUAUGGUUUUCUCAUUAUUUAUGAACUUAACCAUAAAAGAAUGAUAUAACUCCUGUGCAAUGAUAGUGAUAACAGUGAAAGAAGAUGGGGGAAACUAAUGUUGGAUGGCAUUUAUGAGUCCCACAUACCUCUUUCAGGAUACAACUUGCACCAGUUUGACUUUUUCUUUUUCUAAUUUUAAGCCAAAGUUUUAUUACUAAAUUUUAAGUUGCUGCUGCUUUAGAGUCCUGAGCAUCUCUCAUAAUAAAGCAUCCCACACGCUUCUAUACUCCUACUAGUUGAAAUUCAUGUAAGAGGUUCUGGUACUUAGUUUUUUAGAAGUAGAUGUGGACUAUGUUUGCCCACAUCCCAGCCAUAACAACUAAAAUUAUGCCUUACUAUGCUCCAGCAUGUAGGGGAAUUGUAAUACAAUACUAACUGAGUUGAAAGACAGCUAUUUUGGAGGUUCUUCACACCAAUACUAGGUAUUUUUUCCUCUGCUCUUACCCACUUAAGCCAGAAUUUGAUCAAUUUUUAAAAGUCCAUUGUGGGGAACCAUAUACUGUUGUGUAUAACAAGGGUGUCCUCCAUAUUAUAUUGCUACAUAUUGCUACAAAAGACCUUGUUAGCAGUUUCUGCCAGCAGUUUUAAGAAAUAACCACUGAGUUUUCUGCCCUGCCAUGGUAGAAACCUGAGCUAAAAUGUUGCAAUCUAAACCUGGUCAUAUACAUUCAUAUAUCAGACUAAUAUGGUCUGUAUACAAUACCAAUUCUCACUUGCUUUUCUCAUUCCUUUUCCUCCUAAGAUGUCCAUUAAAUUUAGCAUUUCAUGGUUGGGGUGUAGUUCAGUAGUGGAAAUACUUGCCAAGAAAAUUAAGGCCCUAGGUACAGCCUCAAGCACUGAAAUAAUACACAUAUAUAUAUAAAUAUAUAAAAUCUACCAAAAUUAAUAUAAAACUAUUAGGAAAAAGUAGUCUUUUAAUGCCCACUCAAGACCGAGAUGAAGUUCCAAAGUCAAACAUCAGUAGAUUCAUGAAAGUUAAAUUUUAUGACAUUUACACUUAUUUUUAGACCAAGAGACAACCAAGUAGAAAGGCAGCUGUUAACAGUUCCUCUUUGUUAACAUCACGCUUACUACUCUUCAACUUAGGUUUUUGUUAUUAGACCUUCUCUGUAUCAUAAAACUUCACUCCCAGCUAUUGAUAAAUUUCUAUCAGUUAACUGACAAAUUUUUUAAAAGGAGUUUCUUACAUUUUUAUUCUGAUAAGCUUCCAAAAUUUGUUCCCUGUAUGAACUGAAAAUUUCUUUUUCCUGAAAAAUCAUACAACUUUGUGGCUUCUAUGGCUAUCAUUUGUUUUGCCAAGCAAUCCCUUUCUUAAGACAGAAGGGAAAUGUUUACUUUUUCUUAAUUUUAAAUAAAUCCUGCCUAAUAAUCAGUGGUGACAAUGUACUAAGAGACCUUUAGUAGAUAAAAGGCUAUAUUAUUUCUACUUUAGAAUUUUUCCCUAACCUGUUUUUUUUAUACUUUAAAACUUUGAGGGAACUAUUACUAGUCUAUCAAGCAAUAGCAGUAAUUAUUAGUAUAUGUAGAAGACCAGUGGUCAGUCAUUUCUUAGACAAAAUUGCUGGUACUCUGUAUCUAGAGCCACUUGAAUUGUCAGCUCCAUUCUCUGUUAGUGAAUCUAGAUGAUGGCAUAGAGAAAAACUUACAUUAAAUGCUGGUAUUUCAACUCCUGGUUUUUACAUCAGUGUAGCAAAUGGAUGGUUUGUUCUUUCUCCUCUAGGCCCCAUCAGUCUUCUUUUUUCAUAGGUAAUACACUGAUAAAAAAUACAUUUUUUUUCUUUUUCUGGUAUGUUUGUCCUGUUGGUGUAUAGGCUGCUUAGAAACAAGGCUUAUGAACUUUCAGCUUACUGUGACAAAGUCUCAAAUACCUACUUAAACAUCCAUUUCUUUCCUCUUAGAACCGUAAUGAGAAAAAGGGCAUCCCUCA